AAUGUCAAGUUUGCAUAAAUCGCUGUUUCAAUGCCAUCAAAUUAUCCGUAUUGUAUUGUUUAUUUAGCGCAAUAACGUAUAAUAUGCGCUGCAUCUUACGUAUUUAAACUACAGUUUUUAAUACUUGUGAUUGUAAUAAUUAUAGUACCUUAAGGUAAUUCAAUUAUGAUUUUUAAGGGCAUUAUUGGUAUUGUUCUGCUGCUCACAGUGGCGAACACCCAAUUGUACACAGAAAACAAACCGAACGUUCAUUUGCUUUGCCCACAACUGUAUCACAGAGUAUUUCGUGGGUGUAUACCUAGGGGCAACACAACUGCAGGGAAAUACAGUGAAAUUAAUGACGUGAAAACAGCCAAAGAGUGUGUCUAUGCUUGUUGUGUAAAAGAAGAAUGCAAUGUGGCUUUUAUGACCACCACAAAGUGCUUCCAUAUAGAGUGUGCUAGCAAUGAACUUUGUGUUCCUGUGCAAAAUCCAAAUAUUGAUGAAAUAGAUCAGCACAUUAGUAUGGUCCUUGUGAGGCCAGCACCUGGACAAGAGAGUUGGAAAGAUGUGUUUGAAGAUCAAGCUGAAAUUUCCACUGAACAUAUUGGCCGUGAAAUGUACAACAUGAUAAAUAAUAGACCUACAAAUCACUAUGAUGAUGUCUACAAAGACCUCCUGCAAUUAAGUGAAUCAGCCUUAGAUUACAACACUGCUUGCAGUGUUGGUAUUGGUGCCAGCUGCAUUGAAAAUGAAGAGUGUGUACAGAAUUAUCCUACUUCUAGAGCAGGAACUUGUAAAUGCAAAGUGGGAUUCUUGAGGAACCAUGAUGGUCUUUGCUCAUUACCAAUAUUAAAAGACGCAGCCAUAAAAGGAAACAUCAUAGAUGACAAUGAUACUGUUUUAAUUGCUAAAAAACAGUUGAUGCUGACGGCUGAAUCUAAAGAGGUGAAAUUACCCGAAAACGAAGUUAGUUUGGUCGCUGUUGUCAAUCCGCUACCGACGGCUGGUGAAAAGUUUAAUUAUGAAUGGACAUCACUAAGGAAGCCUGAAGGCAGUGGAGCUGUUAAGAUUCAGAAGGCUGAGAUCCUGCACUUGACGAAGUUAUCCGAAGGAUUGUAUACAUUCAAAGUUAACGUUUCUAGUGAAGAUGCAUAUGGCGAAACCUUCGUCAAUGUUACUGUUUUGCCACCGUCGAGAGUUAAUAAACCGCCGCAGAUUAUCAUCACCCCAGCCAAUCAGACAAUCAAAUUACCAAAUACCGGAGCCGUCUUGGAUGCAUCUUCUUCCACCGAUGAUAAUGGUAUCGUUUUAUAUCAUUGGGAAUUACAACAAGGACCUGUUGGUUAUCAACCUCAGUUAGCGGAUGCUCCGACUCUACAGCUGAAGGAUCUAACGAGACCGGGAAAUUACACAUUUAAAUUAACAGUAACCGAUACGGAUAAGGCGAUUAGCACUAGUACGGCCAAUAUAACGGUGCUGAAAGUCAAAGAUUAUCCACCAGACGCGAACGCCGGACAAGAUGUAAUCAUCUACCUGCCGAAGAAUCAAAUAACGUUGAAUGGCAAUCUGAGCACUGACGACCAUAUGAUCACCACAUGGGAAUGGACCAAGAGCUCGGACGACGCCGACAAAGCCGUUGAUAUGCAGGACACCCGCACACCGUACCUAAGGUUGUCAGAUCUGGAGAAAGGCGUGUACACCUUUCAGUUAAAAGUCACGGAUAGCGCUAAUCAGAGCAGUACAGCUAGCGUUCACGUAUUCGUUAAACCGCCAACAAAUCAACCUCCUAUCGCAAGAGCCGCAGAUAACAAUAUCACAAUAAGUUUACCGCAAACGUGGGUGGUUUUGGACGCCAGCAACAGCACGGACGAUAACCACAUCGUUUCUUACAAUUGGGAGAAGCUGAAUGGCCCUUCUAAAGUGGCAUUUGUAAAUGCUUCGACUCCAAUCACCAAUGUUACUAAUCUCACCAAAGGACUGUACGUUUUUCGCGUCAAUGUCACUGACGAUGAUACUAACCAAGCCUCCGCUAUCCAAUACGUUAUAGUUAAUCAAAACAAGAAUCAGAAACCUACGGCAAACGCAGGAGGUAAUUUCGAGCUGGAACUGCCCAGAAACGUCGCCUACCUCAAUGGCACAAAGUCGAGCGAUGAUUGGGCUAUUGUUAAGUGGCAAUGGACUCGCGUGGACUCCUCAUUAGCUGCAGGAAGAAUCGCUGAAGAUUCAGACAAAUCAUCGAUUCUCAUCCUAUCCGAUCUCGUUCCCGGCAAAUACAUUUUCAAUUUAUCCGUUUCUGAUGAGCAAGGUUUGUCCGACGUGGACAGCAUCACCUUGACUGUAAAGAAUGACGGAAAACUUUUUUACAUGGUCGACAUGACCGUUGAUUACAAUGUUAAGACAUUAAACGAGGCCAGGUAUAGGACUCUGGUCGGAAAAUUGGCUCUACUCGUGCAGGACAAUAUGAAGCUGCAGGUGCGCGAACUGAAGCAGCAGACAGGAACUGGAAAAGCUAUUAUCAGUUUUUACGUGGAGGAUGCCGAAGGAAAGCCGGUUGAUGCCAACGAAGUUGUCAAACACUUGAGAGAAAAAUUGAAAGUCGACGCUGGUUUGUUGGGUUUCUCUGUUUCAUUACAGACUGCAAUUUGCCAGAACAAUUGUUCAGGACACGGAGUUUGCGAAGAAAUCAGUCGUAAAUGCAUAUGCGAAGCUUUUUGGAUGCAGGAUCUGUUUAAAGUGUAUUUGCAAAAAGACGUGGAUUCCGAUUGCAGCUGGAGCAUCCUAUACGUGGUAUUAGGACUGAUUUGCUCCGUAAUUGCUUUCAUUGGUAUAAUCUGGGGAUUGGUGUACCUCUGCUUUAGCUUCUGCUCGUACAAGAACAUGCACAAACCGCAAACCUAUAAACUAAUAGAAGAUACCGAAGAUAUGCCACCAUAUCAUCCGAGGAAACCAGAUUUGACGGACACGGACUCUGAAUCGGAUACGCUUUACGAGAUUUCGCGUGGCAAAGGGCGGUUCGGAGGCGAAAGUAAGAACGGGUAUAAACCAGGAAGGAACGCGUUCGGGAAGAGCCGCAGGGGAGUAAAAGCGUAAUCGUCGAGCAUCAUACUUAUUAAAUAUGCGUGUGCCUGCAUUUUCCAUUUCCUAUUCGUUUAGUCCGGCUGAAAUUGCUGGAGCAAUUAACAGUUUUUUUUUUAAAUUUGUUACCUAGUCAAUUUUGAAAAUUUUAAUGCACAAGUAUUGAUUUUUUAGAAUUCCUAAACGCGGUUCGCCGAUCCGUGUAUUUUGUACUUAAUUUUUUUUUCUACUUUUACUUUCUAGAUAUAAUCUUAUCCAAGUAUAUUUUAAUACAAUAUAUAGUGAUAACGAAACGAAUAUAUUGCGAACUGUACAUUCAUGUAGUUGUACACUACCUCAUCCAUUACUGAUUUAGUUAUCGAAUUUAUUGUUUCCUUCUGCCAUUAUGAUUUAUACUAAUUAUAUUUAUAAUAACAACACGUAUUCAUGUGACUUAAAGUUGAAUAAUAUACGGAGGGAUUCAUAUUU